AUGACAAAGAAAUUUGAAUUCAAUUGGCAAAUUCCGGUUCCUGAUGAGCUGACGCAAGGUGCCGUAUUCGAUAGAUGGACAGAAGAAAAGGAUAAUACGGAACUGGAGACGAACUGUACAUUCAAAGUGGAUGAAUAUGGAUUCUUCGUUUAUUGGAAAAGUGAGGGGAAGGAAGGUGAUGUUGUUGAAUUAUGUCAAGUCAGUGAUAUUCGCGCUGGAGGUCUGCCUAAGGAUAUGAAAUUGACAAAUCAAUUGUUUAAUCGUCACGGUGAAACAUUAGAGGAUAAAUCCUUGACAAUAUGCUCGGGAACAGAUUAUAUUAAUAUUAAUUAUCAGCAUGUAAUUUGUCCAUCAGCUGAGCUUGCCAAGAUCUGGUUAGAAGGUCUUCGUAAGAUAACACAUAAUGGUAAAGCAAACAAUUUCUGUCCAAUGACCUGUUUGAAAAAACAUUGGAUGCGUUUGGGAUUUACUGUCGAUGUAAAAGGAAAUGUUCCAGUAAAAUGUAUUGCUCGUACUUUUGCAUCAGGUAAAACCGAGAAAUUGGUUUAUCAAUGUUUAAUGGAUCUGGGCUUGCCAAGCGGUAAAAAUGAAUCUAUUCCAAAGGCAGAUUUUACAUUCGAUAAGUUCUAUGAACUUUAUCACAAAAUUUGUCCACGUAAUGAUAUUGAGGAAUUGUUUCGAUUCAUUACUCAAGGAAAAGCAAACGAAAUCAACAUCGAGCAAUUUGUCAACUUCUUAAACGAAAAACAACGUGAUCCUCGCCUCAACGAAAUUUUAUAUCCAUUGUAUGAUGAGAAGAGAGCAUUGGAGAUAAUCAACACUUAUGAACAAUCUGAAGAGACAAUAGCUAAGAAAAUGCUCUCAAAGGAUGGAUUUAUACGUUAUUUAAUGUCAGAUGAAAAUGCUCCAGUUUUCCUCGACAGAUUGGACAUAUAUAUGGAAAUGGAUCAGUCCUUAUCGCAUUAUUACAUAAAUUCAUCUCAUAAUACGUAUUUAUCUGGUCGACAGUUUGGUGGAAAGUCGAGUGUUGAAAUGUAUCGUCAAGUUUUAUUGGCAGGCUGCCGAUGUGUCGAGCUCGAUUGUUGGGAUGGAAAGGGCGAAGAUGAAGAGCCGAUUAUAACACACGGAAUGGCAAUGUGCACGGAUAUUCUAUUUAAAGAUGUCAUUUAUGCGAUACGAGAUACAGCAUUUGUUACAUCCGACUAUCCUGUAAUAUUGUCGUUCGAAAAUCAUUGCUGUAAAUCGCAACAAUAUAAGCUGGCAAAAUAUUGUGAUGAAAUUUUUGGUGAUUUAUUAUUAAAGGAACCGAUUCCUGAUUAUCCACUCGAUCCGGGAGCUCCUUUGCCCCCGCCGUCAUUAUUAAAGCGAAAGAUCCUCAUUAAGAAUAAGCGACUUAAGCCAGAAGUUGAAAAGAAGGAAUUAGAAUUAUUCUUACAGGGCGAAUUUGUCAUUGAAGAUGAUGUUAAGGAAGACGCUGGUGCACUUCCCGAUAGGAAACCAGAAGAGAUUCUAGCAGCAGUUAAUAAUGCACAGUCACAAGAUGGCGGUGAUGCUGAUGUCCCACCAAUACAGUAUACAGGCUCAACAACAAAUGUACAUCCAUGGUUGUCGUCGAUGGUUAACUAUGCUCAACCAAUUAAAUUUCAAGGUUUCGAUGUUGCCGAACAGAAAAAUAUUCAUCACAACAUGAGCUCAUUCGCAGAAACUACAGGAAUGAAUUUACUUAAGACACAAUCUAUCGAGUUUGUCAACUACAAUAAACGUCAAAUGUCUCGUAUUUAUCCGAAAGGCACCCGAGCUGAUUCUUCAAAUUACAUGCCGCAAGUUUUCUGGAAUGCUGGCUGUCAAAUGGUUUCGUUGAAUUUCCAAACAUCCGACUUGCCACAACAACUUAAUCAAGGAAAAUUUGAAUAUAAUGGGAAUUGUGGAUACUUAUUAAAGCCAGAUUUCAUGCGUCGGUCUGAUCGUAGUUUCGAUCCAUUUGCUGAUGCUCCCGUCGAUGGAGUCAUUGCUGCUCAGUGCUCAGUUCAAGUCAUUGCAGGUCAAUUUUUAUCUGAUAAAAAGGUUGGAACAUACGUUGAGGUUGAUAUGUAUGGUUUACCAAGUGAUACAAUUCGUAAAGAAUUCCGUACUAGAAUGGUUCCGGCAAACGGAUUAAAUCCAAUUUAUAAUGAGGAACCAUUCUUGUUCCGUAAAGUUGUAUUGCCUGAUCUCGCUGUUUUACGGUUUGGUGUGUAUGAUGAGAAUGGAAAGUUGUUAGGACAAAGAAUUUUACCAUUAGAUGGUUUACAAGCUGGAUAUCGCCAUAUUUCUUUAAGAACUGAGGCAAACUUUCCCAUGUCAUUACCUAUGCUGUUCUGUAAUAUUGAAUUGAAAAUUUAUGUUCCUGAUGGUUUUGAAGACUUUAUGGCUGCUCUCUCAGAUCCCAGAGCAUUUAUGGGUGCCGCAAAAGAAAGAUCUGAUAAUAUGAAAGCAAUGGGCAUUGAAGAAGCAUCUGGAAGUGCCGGUGCAGGUGGUCAAGCUGACAAAAAGGAAGAGAAGAAGGAAGAACCUUUAGUUUUCGAACCAGUAACGAUCGAUACAUUGCGUCAGGAGAAAGGAUUCGUUAAAACUGCACGCAAGCAACAAAAAGAAAUCGAUGCAAUUCGCAAGAGACAAUCCAAAGAGCGUAUGGCACUACAAAAAACUCAAAAUGGAUCAAUUGAGCGAUUGAUCAAAGGAAAAUCGAAGGACGAAAUUAAGAAUGAUGCUUCAAUUCGUAAAGUAAUUCAAGAGCAAAAUGCUCAGUGGAGUGAAAUGGUUGAGAGACAUAAGAAGGAAGAAUGGGAAAUGCUGAAACAGCAAAUUACUGAUCAACAAGAAAUUUUAAGAAAACUAAUGGAAGGCGCUCAAUUGGCCCAAAUGAAGCAAUUGGAAGCUAAACAUGAACGUGAAAUCAAAGAAUUGAAUACCAAACAAGCUAAGAUAUCUGUGGAAACAAGCAAGGAAGUCGCUAAUGAUAAAACAUUGAAAACUAAAGGUGAAAAGGAUCGAAGAUUGCGUGAGAAGAAGCAGAAUAAUAUCAAGAGAUUCAUGGAUGAGAAGAAGAGUGCCACUAUUAAGCAGAAUCGCGAAAAAGAAAAGCUUAAAAUAACACACGAUAAGCAACUCGAAAGUUUAUCUCAUGAUUUACAAAAGUUAAUUGAUGUAUUGAAAGUCGAAGAGGAGGAAUAUAAGAUUAUUCAAAAGUUCGAAUUUUUCGCCUAA